UCUCCGCCGCGCCGCUCCGCCCCUUCCCGCGAUAGCGCCGGGCCCGGUGUCAUGGCGGCGGCGGAGGAGCCCGAGGUGGACAUCGAAGGGGACCCUGCGGCCGCGCCGGGAGAUCAUGAAAACACAGCAUCAAGCCUGCUGCAGGAUCACUAUCUUGAUUCAUCUUGGAGAACAGGCAAUAAUCUUCCCUGGACGUUGGACAGCAGCAUCAGUGAAGAAAACAGGGCUGUCAUUGAGAAGAUGCUGCUGGAAGAAGAAUAUUAUUUAUCUAAUAAAUCACUUUCUGAAAAGAUAUGGCUCAACCAAAAGGAAGUGGAGAAAAGAUCUAUGAAAAGCCCACAUAAGAAAACUGGAAAAGUAAUGGUGCGAUCGCCUACAAAAUCUCCUGGCUGCUCCUUGAAGUGGACAGCAGAGGAAAAAGAGCUGUUUGAACAAGGACUGGUGAAAUUUGGCCGCAGGUGGACAAAAAUUGCCAAGUUGAUCGGCACUCGAACGGUUCUGCAAGUCAAGAGCUACGCUCGGCAGUACUUUAAGAACAAGGCAAAAAAUGGUGAUUCUGAAAAAGAAGAGCAAAGCCAGUGUGGGAGCAACCUUCCCAUGGAAGAUGGGAUGAGGGUGGAAGCUGGAAACUUGAGAGGCCGGGCAGACCCCAACCUGAAUGCGGUGAAAAUUGAAAAGCUGUCAGAUGAUGAGGAAGUAGACAUAACUGAUGACAUGGAUGAACUACUCACUCCUGCCUUCCAGCAAGAGACUGGAAAAUCUGAAUUAUCUGUUAUUCCAAAAAGUCCAGUUGAAGAAACAAAAGCAGUGGAACAGGGUUUUUCAUCUGCUGGACACAGUUCUACAACUGUUUUGCCUAAAGAAGAUCCUCAGCAUACCAGGCCAGAGACAGUGGAUGCAUUGGUAUUUCCUGCUGUGGCAGCCACCUGUUCCCAGCACCUGAAUGGGGAUAAAUGUGUGAAUUUAGAUUACCAGCAGUGCAAUAAUUUUAUUGAGAAAGUUGAACAAAGYGGACCAGUCACAUGUCAUGGUACUGGACAAGGGGCUGAUCAGGAGCUCAGUGAGGAGCAAAGAGACCCAGCUGAUAAUGGAUUGCUUUUUCCUUCUCCCUGCCAAGUGGAUGAAGAUCAUCAAGAAGAAGCAGAGGAGCUGAAGCCACCUGAUCAAGAAGUGGAGGUUGACAGAAGCAUCAUCCUGGAAGAAGAAAAGCAGGCUAUUCCCGAAUUCUUUGAAGGGCGCCAGGCCAAAACACCAGAGCGUUAUUUGAAAAUCAGGAAUUAUAUUUUGGAUCAGUGGGAGAGAUGUAAACCCAAAUACCUGAACAAGACCUCAGUGCGUCCUGGCYUGAAGAACUGCGGGGAUGUCAACUGCAUUGGGCGGAUCCACACGUACCUGGAGUUGAUAGGAGCAAUAAACUUUGGCUGUGAACAGGCUGUGUACAACCGCCCCCAGCCCGCCGACAGGAGCCGCUGCAGGGAGGGCAAGGACACGGUGGAAGCCUAUCAGCUGGCCCAGCGCCUGCAGUCCAUGCGCACGAGAAGACGGCGAGUGCGAGACCCUUGGGGAAACUGGUGUGAUGCAAAGGAUUUGGAAGGACAGACAUUUGAGCAUCUCUCAGCUGAAGAAUUAGCAAGAAGGAGAGAGGAAGAAAAAYUGAAACCUGCAAAAUCUUCUAAAGGUUCAAGACAAAUCAAAAGUUCCUUUGAUCCCUUUCAGCUGAUACCAUGCUGUGUGUUCACGACAGAAAAGCAGGAACCCUUUCAGGUGAAAGUGUCUUCUGAAGCACUUUUAAUAAUGGAUUUGCACUCUCACGUGUCUCUGGCAGAAGUGAUAGGACUGCUUGGUGGAAGAUACUCUGAAGCUGACAAAAUUGUGGAAGUGUGUGCAGCAGAGCCAUGUAACAGCCUGAGCACAGGUCUGCAGUGCGAGAUGGACCCGGUGUCCCAAACGCAGGCCUCGGAAUCGCUGGCAGCCAGGGGCUUCCAGGUCAUUGGCUGGUACCAUUCACACCCUGCCUUCGACCCCAACCCCUCCAUCMGGGACAUCGACACUCAGGCUAAAUACCAGAGCUAUUUCUCCAGGGGUGGUGCCAUGUUCAUYGGAAUGAUCAUAAGCCCUUACAACAGGAAUAAUCCUCUCCCAUAUUCCCAGAUCACCUGUCUGGUCAUUAGUGAUGAGAUCAGUUCUGAUGGUUCCUAUCGCCUGCCCUACAAAUUUGAAGUGCAGCAGAUGUUGGAGGAGCCUCAGUGGGAAUUAAUAUUUGAAAAAACAAGGUGGAUAAUUGAAAAAUACAGAUUUUGCCACAGCAGUGUCCCCAUGGAUAAAAUUUUCCAUCGAGAUUCUGACCUGACUUGUUUGCAGAAACUUUUGGAGUGCAUGAGGAAGACUUUGGGCAAGGUUACAAACUGCCUCAUUGYUGAAGAAUUCUUGACUCAGAUAGAAAACUUAUUCCUUUCCACAUACAAGAGUGAGAAAAGGGAUAAUGCUGAAGGAAGUGAGAACGAACAUUCACAUGAAUUGCCGGUGUGAUGGUUUUGGAAUUUUGAUUUUAUUUUUUAGUUUCCCUCCAUUAUGUCAACUCUUUCAGAAUUGUUAUCCCUUUUAAUAGUGACUGUUACAGAAUCCAGUGUCMUCCUGUUGUUGUGGUUUAAAGAUACUUUGAAAAUUCCUAAUGYGUGUGACCAGUGUGCCUGAGGAAUGCUGUGGAGUUAAUGAUUGCCCAGUCUGAUGUUUGGGGAGGAGGACACCCUGUCAAGAAUGCUGUGCAUCAGUCUUUCAAUUUGGGAAUUUUCUCUAAUGGUUUUAUGUACAGGUGAACCUCUAACUCGGAAUUGAUUUGUUCCUUUGGUUUAGAGAGUGUAAGUUUGAAUGAGUUCAUGAAAAGGAAACUUAACUGAAAUGAGAGUUUUGUAGCUCAAGCUUUCCUGUUUUAUUCAGUUGUAGCAAAAUACAUCACCCAGUUUCUUUUUUCA